ACUUCGUGUUUUUCCAAUAAAGAAAAGGCAAGCUAACAUUCUAACUGGUGCACUAGCCAAGUUUAUCGACUUACAAUCUUCGACAAACUAACGGACCCGACAAUAGCCUUAUUAUUAAUCAACAUUUGGUGCCGUGUCCAAAUUUCUUCACUUUUACCAUCGAAGAAGAAGACGAAGAAGCAUUUAGAAAAAAAGAAAAUUACGCCAAUCGUCGAAUUUAUCACCAAAGCAGUAUGACUCACCGGAUCGAUCAAUCAAACACGUCUUGUUUUGAUUGUAUAUACAGGUAUCAUUAUACAAUUACCGCAUGUUCGCAUACAAUUUGUAUUAGCUGCUUACAUGCAGCAAUUGAGGAGAAGAUCCAGCUGCAAUUAGAAACAUUCAUUUGUCCUAGAUGUUCCAAUAAAGAAGAUUCAACACAGUUAAAUCCACAACAACCAGUUGUUGAACCAUCAUCGAAAGCUCGUCAACGUAAUAAAAAUAAAACGGAAUCAGCUCAAAUUCUUCAUGCUCAAUUACAUUCUGUUCAACAUAAACAUGAACCAACACAAGUAAAUCAACUUCAACAACAAGAAUAUAUUCAAACACUUGAAUUACAAUUAAAACGUCUUACAGAAGAAAAUAUUCAUUUAAUUAAUACUGGAGCUUCAACAAAUGUUAAAAUCCAAGUAUUAGGUGAACAAAUUAAAAAAUUAUCAAUUGAUAAUGCUAAUUUGGAAAAACAAGCACAUCGUAAUGAAUUAUUAGCUAAAGAAGCCCAAAAAGAAAAAGAAGCUUUAAUUCGAUAUAAUGAACAAUUAGCACAGUCUCUUCCAAAUGUGGAAAAAGACUUAAAACGUUUCGAAGAAAUACUUCAUGAACAAUUAAAUGAAAGUCAAACAUAUUUACAUGAAAUCGAUCAAUAUAAACGUCGCAUUGCACAACUUGAAACUGAUAAUGAACAAUUUGAAAAAGAAAUCUAUCAAUUAAAACAAACAAUUGAUUUAAAUCAACAAAAAGAACAUGAAUAUAAUGAUUUACAACAACAAUUAACUAAAGAAAUUGAAGAAUAUAAAAAACAAAUUGAUCAUUUACAAAUUCAAUAUCAAUCUCAAAAGAAUAAAUUUAGGCAAGAAAUUGAACGACUUGAACAAGAAAAAAUAUCCGAACAACAUCAAUAUGAAGAAUCUCUAUAUAGUAAACUUGCAGAAAAACAUAUUCAAAUCGAUGCAUUGCGCACAGAACUUGAUGAAACUAAAGAAAGAAAUGAUUCUACAUUUUCACAAUUAGAUGAACGUCUUCAAUCAAAACGUGAUGGAAGUCAAUUACUUAAUAACAUUCAAUAUUUUGGUCAAUGUCUUUCAUCGUCUCGACAUAUAUUUGAAUCGACCAUCGAAUCAAGCAAACAAACUUUAUCAACAACAGUGACAACAAAUAAACAUGAUAAUAAUCAACGUCAUAUACAAACAAAUAACGCUAUCCUUAUUCUUAUGAUCUUAAUGAUUCAACACACAAAAAGUCAACUACAAUCUACGGCGAAUCUUGUUAUAGGAUCAACCGUGGUUCAUCACAAACAUAUAUUAUGGAAUUUGAACUACAUAAUUCUUACCACGCGAGUCGACUUCUAAUUUUUAUUAAUGUCGUCUGGCAUAGAUAUGGAGCGGGCAAUAAAUGGUUUCACACAUGGUUUUUAUUCUGGUUUAUUCGUUAUAUCUGAAAUCACAGUUUUAACUGGUCGUCAACAAGUCUUUUCUAUUCCUUAUCAUACUUGUAUGCGAUCGAUUUUUUUUUCUUCACCAAUUCUACUAUGAUCAUCGAAUUAUUUUGCUUUCGAUGAGAAUAUUCAUGGAUCUUCAUGGAAUCAUUACUUACAGGUGGCAGUUUAUGAUUCAUUCACGUUUAUUACGAAUGUCAGAACUUACAAUAUCAACACGAAUCGAUCGUCGAAUAUGGAUGAACACAUUUUGUUUCUCUAUUGGGCGGUUUCAUUUUUCUUCGUGCGUUUUAUCUUCCUUACAUUUGUGCAAGUUUUGUUUUGUUGUUUAUCUUCUCAUAAGCUUUUUUUGGUCGAUGAGCAGAUGAUGCGCUCAUCUGUUGUAGGGAAGGAGGUGUUAGGAUAUAUGGAUGAUUUCAUAUUUCUUUUUCUUCAGUUGUAC